AUGGCUCGUCGAGGCUCCGCGAAGCCCGUCAAGGCGGCAGCACGCGCCAAAGGUCCAGCCUCGCGGCCAAUUCCCGUGGCUUCCGCAAUUCCAUCAGCUCUUCCAUCAGCUGUCACGACCGCAUUGAACACUCCGAACAGCUCUACAUACCCAUCCACGUAUCCCUCUGAAGACGAGGGUGAACAUUUCGUUCGGAUCAGCAAUAUGGAGGAAUCACUUGAAGGCUUGUCACUGGAGGACGCGGAGAAGCAACGAGAAAAGAUUGCUGGAAAGAAAGUCCAAAAGCCAUUUCCACUCCUCGAUUUGCCACCCGAACUGCGUUUGAAGAUUUAUGGUUUUCAUUUCGCCACCAGCGGCAAUAGUGGUGACAAGGCCAUUGAUCUGGACCCAGACAACUAUAAGCGCAUUCACACACGUCUCCUGCCACUGCUGCGCACGUGCCGCACGGUCUAUAAUGAGGCUUCCUACUACUUCUACAGUACAUAUCCAUUCCGACUGUUUCCUACUCACUACGGGCGAUUCUUCAAGACGAAGAAGCCUUUGCUGGCUCGCCUAGCCCCUCGCCUUCGCGGGCAAAUUUCGACACUCGAGCUUCGAGUCGGCCCCGGCUGGAACAAACCUCCCCGGGGGUGGGUUGUCAAUGACGCCCUAGGCCUCCGCGACUGCGUCAGUGCGCACAAGCUUCGGGUGUUUGUCGAAUUCGACCCCGGCCACCCGGCUUUCCAGGGCUGGCGGAAGUCGGAUGGCUUUUACGAAGGGUUCUGCCAGAAACUGCUCGAUGAUGUCCUCAAAGGAGUUCCAUCGUUGACAGAAGUAGAGUUUGAUUCGUUCCCCAGCAUCAAGCUGUCCGGAGAUUUGAUGCAGAGGAUGCUGCAAACCACAUUGCAGCACGGUCGGCGUGUUACAUUUGGACCCGCAAGAGGCUGGAAGUCCAUUGAUGAUGUGGACGACGAAGAUACCCCAGGGCCCACGAGCGACGAAAUAGCCGCUAUGGACCUGUUAAACACCACAGCGCCUAUUGCGGUGGUGGUUUCUUAA